AUGCGCUAAAACUUAGUUAAAGAAUUAUACAUUAACAAAAUAAAAUUCGAUUUAAUAAGCCAAAGGUGCCAUCNUAAAUAAGGCAGAUGGGUUGAAUUGAAUGAGGGAUUUAGGAAGUAUUUAUUCCUUAAAUAUAAUUUUUUUAUUAGUUCAAGUUUACUCACUUGGAAGGGGGAUUAUCAGAAUAAUAAUAAAAUUGGUAGAUGGAAUACAAGUUUUGGAUGGAAAAAUAUGUAAAAAUAGUAUUUUCAGCACUUUUCCUUUAGUGGUGGAGGUUCAUAUUAUGAGAUUGAUAUUGGAUUAACAAAGAAAGUUGGGAAAUUGAUUGAAUUUGGUAAUAGGUUUGAUAGGUAUAACUAUGGACAUCAAUAAAAUUAGGGAUAAUUAACUCAGUUGCAGGGGAGAGUAUGAAAACGGUAAAAAAAAAUUGGUAGAUGGCAUUGGUAGUUGAAGU